AUGAAGACCACUGUUGACAAGCCCUCGACAAACCGUUUGAACAGGGUAGGGACCAUAAAUGAACAGACCGAUACUAGCGUAUCCCAAGUUACCGGAGUUGAGAAAACGUAUCUUCCAAGUCCGGAGGUAGUGCUUGAUGUUUGCAAUGACGUGGACCUGAAGGGGAAGAAAGUGGAUAACGAUAAUAUUCAGGUUCUGUGGAGCGACUACCGGGACAAUACGACGAUGCAUGGACUGAAGAACAUGAAUCUAAAACAGCGUCAUCGACUGCGCUGCUGCAUAUGGGCUGCAGCACUUAUUGUUAUGGGAAGCUGUUUAAUCUACACAAGUUACAAACAAGUCAAAAACUACCUCAGCUACCCCACCAUCAUCAACACACAGGUGCAAACUAAAACGUCCGUUAAGUUUCCCGCCAUUACAUUUUGUAGUGCGUCGCCACUGAAAAAUGAAACUCUGCCCAAAAUCCCUGAUCUUGAAUAUUUCCUUUUGUACCAAUCUGCACUUGUUGGAAAUGCUGAACCUCGUAAUUUGAGUUACAGCGAAUAUCAUGUUCCGAUAAAUGCAUCAUGGGUAAAUGAUACAGCCAACCAAAUCGAAGAUUUAUUCUUGCUUUGUAAAUUUGAUGGCAAACACAGAAUUUGUAAAAGCGACAUGGAGGCCAUUAUUACUCCAGUAGGUGUAUGCUACACUUUCAACGGUCGACAAUUCGUCAGUAAGAAUGGUGACCGUAUCACUUCGCGAACCGGAAGUACGUCAGGUUUGCUAUUGAUCCUGAUUGUAAAUCAGAAAAGCUAUGUGUAUAAUGACAUCAUGACAGCUGGUAUAAAGGUGAUUAUCCACGACCAGAAUGACGAGCCCGAUGUUAUUGACAAAGGCUUCUUCUUAUCACCUGGCUUCUCGACGUUCGCUUCUAUUCAGAAAAUGGAGUAUCGAUAUUUGCCAAGUCCUUACAAAAUAUAUGGGAACCAGUUUUGUGUGGAUACAAAAUCUCCGGAUUACAGGAACCCACUGCAGUACUAUGACGUAUACAGCAAGACAGCGUGUAUGAGGGAGUGUAAACAAGACCACGUGUUCCAACUUUGUGGAUGUCGAACACCUUAUGAUAAAGGAAAUGAAACAAUAUGUUCCCUGGCAAAAAUGGCAUUUUGCUACAAAUCUGAAAGUAAGCGCUUUGACCAGAACGGAAGCGCCCAGGAACAGUGUAUCUGCCCCACGGAGUGUGAGUACGAUGAGUAUCAGGCGGGGCUGUCCACGGGCUAUUUUCCCGCCAAGAACUAUCAGACUGUCCUUAACGAAAUGGGCAUAACAGACAUAAGGGAAACCUACCUGGAACUGGCGAUUUAUUUUGAGUCCCUUGACGUGUUAAUGGUGGAGCAAAAACCAGAGUACAGCUUUGAAGAUAUCAUUGGUUUGUUGGGAGGACAGAUGGGCUUGUUUCUGGGCGCCAGCCUGCUGACUCUCACUGAACUCAUUGAGGUCAUUCUCUUGUCAUCUCUGGUCGUCGGGAGAAAAUUGUACCAUCGUAUUGUGAAACGUCAGUAA